AUGUCGCUGAUCAGAAGUGUUAAACACUUUGUCAUUGUUGGAGAUGGAAGAGUUGGAAAAACGACGCUUUUGUUCACCUACACUAACGGCUUCUACCAGGAAUCCACCGUGCCCACAAUUUAUGAUCGCGAAGAAACGAGCGUGAGGUUCAAUGGUGAAGAUUAUCCGGUUCAAUUUCACGAUACAGCCGGUCAAGAAGACUACGAAAGUGCCAGUAGAUUUGCAUAUUCAGUUGCAGAUGUCAUAAUUCUCUGCUAUGCCGUCCCAGAGAGGAUUUCAUUUGAAAAUAUCGAGCUCAAGUGGAUUCCCAAGAUCAUAAAAGCGAGACCAAAUGUGCCAAUAGUGCUUGUUGGAACCAAACAUGAUGUUAAAACACCCAAUUUUGUCUCCGUACGCGAAGCCACAAAGACUGCUAAUUCGGCCAAUUCAGUUCCAGUGAAACUCUCGUUAAGGAUGGGUGAAAUUGGGGAUUUUAAGCACAUUGUUCUCGUUGGUGAUGGACAAGUUGGCAAGACUUCACUUGUGUACGCCUUCAAGAAUGGAUAUUUCACGGAAUCCUACAUUCCUACAAUGUAA